AUGGCGGACGCGGAUUGGCAAGUGCUCAAGUUUCAGCCGUGGAACAGUGCGCCAGACGUGUCCUUCUGGCAGACGCUCACGUUGCUCAAGCUCGACAAGUUCCAGCUGGAUGACCAGGCACAAGGCAUUAUUGGCUACUUCACGCCUGGGAGAUCGGUGAAUGUCCCCGCGCGCUUCACUAUCGACGAGAGUGCGUUUCCCAGCGCGCAAGGGGGGGCGGAGAACAGGGACAUGGAUCGUGCUCGGUACGAGUGGCAAGCCCCCGGUCAACUAUACAACACAAAUACCCUAGAGGCUUUCAAGAAGCUGGACAAAUCCAAGCUGCUCCGAGAUGCCGGAGACAGGAUCUUAGAUCUGAUACUUGGGAACGAGGACACCUCAAUCGACCACCUGAACAGCUUUGUGCUUAUCACUUUUGCCGACCUGAAGAAACACUCGUUCCUCUACUGGUUCGGCUUCCCGGCGUUGUCUCCUCCAGCCCCAUUCCAGUACCGAGUUCCUCCUGCGUCGGUAUCCUCCAUAUUGUCGUCCAAAGAGCAGGUUCAGGCACUGCGAGGUCUGCUUAAGUUGCGUCAAGUGAACAGCGAGACUGGCGCAGUGGAGAGCAACUUUGCGGCAUUUUUCGUGGUCGAGCGUCUAUCGCAAGACACAACCAGCGACCAGAUCGUGCGAGUGUUGGAUGUCAAGACGUGGAAAGCAGCCGAUCACACCGCAGCUGACGUGGUGGAGACGCUCUUCGGCUUCGUUGACCCUUGUCCCUUGCAGACGAACCCAGGGUGGCCUCUGCGUAACUUUCUGGCGCUGCUGACAGCGCUACCGAGUGAGAAAGUGGAUUGCUCCCAGCCAGUGAGGAUCAUUUCGUUCCGAGAGCAUGUGCAUCAGUUCACUGAGGUGCCUGAAGACUUUGAGUGGAAGAGUUCCGUCAUCUUUGAGGUCAAAAGCGACCAGCCGUUCAUGGCAGACGGUCGAUCUCGACAGGACGUGCGUGUUAUGGGCUGGGAAGCGAACGAUCGAGGCAAAAUGGGGCCACGAGUGAUGGAACUUGGAGGCAUUUUGGACCCUAUUCGACUCGCAGAGACGUCGGUGGAUUUGAAUCUCAAGCUGAUGAGAUGGCGCCAGCUGCCGACUCUGGACUUGGAGCUGCUAGCUCAGACCAAGUGCUUGCUGCUGGGCGCUGGGACGCUCGGCUGUUAUACUGCGCGCAGUCUUCUCUCGUGGGGCUUCCGGAACAUCACAUUUGUCGACAACUCCACGGUGAGUCACUCGAAUCCUGUUCGUCAGCCGCUUUUUGAGUUUCAAGACGUCGGAAAACCCAAAGGCGAGUGCGCCGCCAACGCUUUGAAGCGCAUUUUCCCACUAGUGAACUCCCAGGCAGUGAACUUGACAAUUCCGAUGGCUGGGCAUGCACUGAGCAGCCCCCAGUUGAUGGAGGAAGCUACCAAGGGUUUGGAGACACUGGCGCAGCUGAUCGAGUCGCACGACGUCAUCUUCCUCGGCACAGAUUCCCGCGAGAGUCGUUGGCUCCCGACUGUCAUUGCUGCGUCCAAGAAGAAGCUGCUUUUGAAUGCUGCUCUAGGCUUCGACAGCUACCUGGUGAUGCGUCAUGGCGUUCACGCUGAGGACAGCACAAGUAAGCCAUCGCUGGGCUGUUAUUUCUGUAAUGACAUUGUGAGUCCUCGCGACUCACUGAAGGACCGAACACUGGACCAAAUGUGUACAGUCACUCGCCCAGGUCUGGCUCCCAUUGCAGCAGCGACGGCUGUGGAGCUUCUCGUCGCUGUCUUGCACUCUCCUCAAGGUAAACACGUCGGUGCGGAGAAACCAAGUGACGGCUCUGUCCCCAUGGGCUACAUCCCGCACCAGCUGCGUGGGUUCCUGAAUGCGUUCCAGAAUAUGGUGAUUACAGGCGAGGCAUUCGACAAGUGCAUCGCGUGCAGUCGGAAGGUUUUAGCUGCUUACUCUGCUGAUGCUUUGGGUCUGUUGGAGAUGGCGUGCAACUCGAGUGCGUACUUGGAGGAACUCACAGGCUUAAACCAGUUGACAAAGGAGGCGGACGCACUCGUGAUUGAUCUGGAAGACAGCGACGAAGACGGAGAGAUGAUCUAG